AUGUUCAAACUCCUUUGCGUUGUGCUGCCCGUUGUGGCGAGAGUCGCCGUGGCCACUCCAGCUACACUCAAAGCGAGAUGUGACGAUCCGACAGCACAUCCAUCACCACUUACUGAACCAGCGUCGAACUUCCCGGCUGCUGACUUGCCUUUUGAUCUUCCGCCGAUCGAACUUGAACCUAUAGACCCCCAUGAUCUAGAGUCGUUUGGUACAGAGGAGCCUUGGCUAUCUGUUUCCCCAUCACUACCGAGUGAACCUAGUCCUGCGCCAGAAGACUUUGAGUCUCCUGCUCCAGACUUUGAGUCUCCUUCUCCAGACUUUGAGUCUCCUUCUCCAGACUUUGAGUCUCCUGCUCCAGAGGACCUUGAAUCUCCUUCUUGGUCUCCUUCUCAACCAUCACCGCCAGAUUCCAACCCCAACUUUCCCGGAAGAAAGAAUGUCGUCUAUUUCACCGACUGGAGCAUCUAUAAGGCAGGCUUUCUGCCUCAGUAUCUCCCCACAAGUGAUAUUACCCACUUGCUCUACGCAUUUGCCGGAAUUGCACCGGAUGGAUCUGUCGUCUCGUAUGACGAAUGGGCCGACGAGGAUAAGAUCCUAGGCAAGCGUGACGUCGUCCACGGUGCCAUCGAGCAAGUCUUUUUGCUCAAAAGCAAGAACCGUCACAUGAAGACUCUGCUCUCCAUCGGUGGCUGGACCGCAUCGCAAGAGGGAAAGUUUGGGCCCGCUAUCGGCUCUGCUGAUGGUCGACGCCGCUUCGCCGAGUCUUCUGUCAAGAUGCUCGCCGACUGGGGAUUCGAUGGUCUUGACAUUGACUAUGAGUACCCAGAGACUCCAGAAGAUGCGCAGAACUUUGUCUACCUGCUCCGAGAGGUUCGAGCAGCAUUGGAUAAUUACGCAGCCCGCCAUGGCCAGCGAUAUCGCUACCUCCUCACCGUGGCGACAUCUGCUGGACCUGACCACUAUAAAAUUCUAGACUUGGAGGCGAUGGAUCAGUACAUCGACACCUGGCAUCUCAUGGCAUAUGACUAUGCUGGUAGCUGGGAUACCGUGGCUGGACAACAGUCCAACGUCUUCAUCGACCAUCAAAACCCCGACAGCACAAAGUUCAGCACCGACAAGGCAGUGGACGCCUAUAUCAGACGAGGCGUCGACCCUAGCAAGAUUGUUCUCGGCCUUCCUCUCUAUGGCCGCUCAUUUGAGAACACUGAUGGUCUGGGUAAGCCCUACGAUGGAAUUGGACCGGGUACUAUUGAGCCGGGAGUUUAUCUCUACCGCGACCUUCCUCGGCCCGGUGCUACUGUCCACGUCAACCGAUAUACCCUCUCUGCAUACUCUUACGACCCUUCGGCAAGGGAAUUAGUUUCCUUUGAUAACGUCGAGACGGCGAGACUCAAGGCCGAGUAUCUCCAGAGCAGGGGUCUCGGCGGCGCCGUCUUCUGGGAAGCUUCGGGUGAUCGUUCUGGGGAAGAGAGUCUGAUUAGGACGCUGGCUAGAGAGAUGGGUCAUCUGGAUUAUUCCACGAAUAUGUUGAGCUAUCCGGAGAGUCGGUUUUCCAAUAUUCAGAAUGCAUCAUAG